AUGAACUCAACUCAGGUUUCAUAUUUCACUCUGGGAGCUUACAUUGAUGAAAAGCUCUUCAGAUACCUGUUUUUCACCAUCCUCCUGGUCCUGUAUGUCCUGAUUAUCGGCUCCAACGUCCUGCUGAUCGUGUUGAUCUGUGUGAACCGGAGCUUACAUGAACCCAUGUUCCUGUUCCUCUGCAGCCUGUUUGUGAACGAACUGUACGGUAGUUUGGGUUUGUUCCCCUUCCUGCUGGUCCAGAUCCUCUCUGACGUUCACUCCGUUUCUGCUCCGCUCUGCUUCCUGCAGAUCUUCUGUGUUUCCUCUUAUGUAGCUGUUGAGUUUUUUAACCUAGCAGUCAUGUCUUACGACCGAUACCUGGCCAUCUGUCAUCCUCUGCAGUAUCACUCCCUGAUGACAGUAAGGAAGGUUUCUGUUCUGACUGCAGCUGCAUGGUUCACUGCUUUUAUUUUUAUGGUUUCUAUAACAUCUUUGAGUUUUCCUCUUCAGCUCUGUGGAAACUUUAUUAACAAAGUUUACUGUGACAACUAUUCUUUAGUUAAACUGGCCUGUUCAAAUACUGCAGUCAAUAAUAUCUAUGGACUUGCUGCCGCUGCUCUCAUCAUCUUUGUUCCUCUUGUUUUGAUCCUCUACACCUACCUGAGGAUCCUGCAGGUUUGUUUUUCUGGGUCCAAACAGACCCGGCAGAAAGCCGUCAGCACCUGCACGCCCCACCUGGCCUCCCUGUUAAACUACUCUCUGGGGGUUUGCUUUGAGCUGCUGCAGAGCAGGUUUAACAUGGACCGUGUUCCAAAUUAUGUAAGAAUAUUUUUAUCCCUGUACUUCCUGACAUGUCAGCCGCUGCUUAACCCUGUGAUGUACGGACUGAACCUGUCCAAAGUACGCAACGUGCAGAAAAGUCUCUUUUCUAUUAAAAGGAGGUGA